GAUUAUCCAACACUGGUUAUACCCGCGUGCGAUUCCCAAACUCCCAGAACGUGUUUUUGUUUAAUUUGGCUGUAUUUUGAACCGCAUUAACAGGAUAUGCAGCGCCAGAAACCAAGGGGGCCGGGCAAACCCGGUCCAAGGUUCAAAUCCGGCAAGGGCUUCAAGCCGCAACCGGGCAAGGGAAACCAAAACAACAAAAACAACCAGAAACGACCGCGGGAUGAGUUCAAGAAGUCUAAACUGGCUGCCACGGAUACCGAGAUUCAGGAUCUGAAGGCCAAAUACACGGAAAUAGAUGCCCAGGCUAUCAAGAAGUUUAGGGACUUUCCGCUGUCCCACAAAACCCAAAAGGCAUUGGCCGAAUUCAAGUUUAUCAAUCCCACGUUGGUGCAGCGGGAAAGUAUUGGCCCAGCGCUGAUGGGCAAGGAUGUGCUGGGUGCGGCGGUCACUGGAAGUGGCAAAACACUUGCCUUCCUGAUACCCGUAUUGGAACAUCUGUAUAUCAAUAAAUGGUCGCGAACGGAUGGUGUGGCUGCCAUCAUCAUAUCACCCACCCGAGAGCUGGCUUAUCAGAUAUUCGAGACCCUCAAGAAGGUGGGCAAGCAUCACGAUUUCUCCGCUGGCCUCAUUAUUGGCGGCAAGAACCUCAAGUUCGAGCGCACCCGCAUGGAUCAGUGUAACAUACUCAUUUGUACACCAGGUCGCCUGCUACAGCACAUGGAUGAGAAUCCUUUGUUCAAUACCAGCAGCCUGGAGGUAUUGGUUCUGGACGAGGCGGAUCGCUGCCUGGAUAUGGGCUUCCAAAAGACCCUUAACUCAAUUAUUGAAAACUUUCCACCGGAACGACAAACGCUUCUGUUUUCGGCGACACAAACGAACACGGUUGAGGAUCUGGCGCGACUCAAUCUCAAGGAUCCUGUUUAUGUGGGCUAUGGCACGAAAGCGGGCGACAGCACAUCAACACCAUCAUCCACAUCCACCAAAGAAGUGGCCGUUCUAGCAGUGCCCGAACUGCUGCAACAGAGCUAUGUUGUCCUGAAUCUGGAGGACAAGAUCACAAUGCUGUGGUCCUUCAUAAAGAAUCAUCUCAAGCAGAAGAUAAUUGUGUUUGUGGCCAGUUGUAAGCAGGCCAAGUAUCUCUAUGAGAUCUUCUGCAAGCUCCGUCCGGGUGUACCUCUAUUAUCCCUAUACGGUACCCUCCAUCAGGAUCGUCGCAUUGCCAUCUAUGAGGAUUUUCUGAAGAAGAGCCACGUUGUCAUGUUCUCAACGGAUGUGGCCUCACGUGGCCUUGACUUUCCCGCCGUUAAUUGGGUCGUCCAGUUGGAUUGUCCCGAAGAUGUUUCCCAAUAUAUCCAUCGGGCUGGACGCUCGGCAAGGAACAAGAGUCGCGGCGAAUGCCUUCUCGUUUUAACGCCCAGCGAGGAGGAGCAUAUGAUUGGUGCCUUAAAGGAGCAACUUAACGUGGACAUACGCUGCGUCCAAAUUGAUCCCAAGAAGCUGUUCUCGCCACGCGUCAAAAUCGAGGCGUUUCUGGCCCAAUUUCCGGAACUGAGAGCCACUGCCCAGCGGGCAUUCUUGUCCUAUCUCAAGUCCGUCUUCCUAAUGCGCAAUAAGCGCCUCUUUAAUGUCUUCAGUCUGGACCUGGACGCCUUUGCCCAAUCCCUUGGUCUGGCUGUCACGCCGCGCGUCCCCUUUUUGGAGAAGUUCCUUUGGCGUCAAAAGCUGUUACAGCAGAAGCAACCCCAUGAUACCGACCCGGAAUGCCCCACCAUUCGGGACAAGCUUCUGCCGAAGAUUACCAAAAAGCAAAGCUUCGGCGGUGGCGGCGGAGUCUCCGACGAAGACGACGACAGUGAUAGUGAUGAUGAGGACUUUAUCAGGGUGAAGCGACGUGAUCAUGACGUGGAGGGUGAACCAGUUGAAUUGGAUCCGAAAGUUGGGCCGAAUGAGAAGGAAGACGAACCCCUGGUGGUGCCGAAGCGGGAGAAGAAGCUGGUCACCAAAGCCUCGCUGGCCAAAAAGGCGCUGAAGAAGAAUCUGCAGGUCAACUCGAAGGUCAAGUUCGAUGAAGAAGGCGAAUCAGUGGUCGACGGACGCAGCCAAAUGAUGGCUCUUGCCAGGAAGCAGAGGGAUGACAAUGAAGACGACGACGACGAUGACGAUGGUGGCAUUGAUUUGGUUCGCUCCAAGGCAUUGCUUACCGAAGAGGAUCAGUAUGACAAGCAGCGGUUCCGGGAGCUGGUCAAGAAACGUCACAAAUUGCAGCGCGAAAAGUUGCGCAAAAAGGCGGAGGCAGCCAAGGGCAGCAGCGAUGAGGAGGAGGAGGAGGAGGACGACCACGAUCACCACAAUCCGGAUGCGGCCAGUGACAGUGAGCACUCUGUGGAUCUCUCCUGGCUACCAGAUCCCGAUAAGAUAUACAAAAAGAGAUCCAAUGAGACUGGUGAUGCGACCGCUUCUGCUACCGAAUCUGAUGCUGGAGAGGAUGAGGAUGAUAGUGGCGACGAUGACGAUGACGACGACAACUCGGACGAGGAGCCCGCCUACAAAAAGUCCAAGCUAACAAACAAGCUGACCCUGCUCGACACGGAGGCCAUUGCGGCCUCUCUCUUGGGCAGCUAGGUUCCAUGUUUCUUGCAGGGACUGGACUGUGUGUGAAUAAAUUAAGGCCAAUUUUUUGUUUUCUUCUCGACAUAAGGUCUCCCAAA